AUGAUUGUUAUGGUGUGCCCAGACUUCCCGCUUGACUUGAUCAUCGACGCCGCAGAGUUCACACAACAUGCGGACACGCAAAGCCAUCGCUUCCUGGGAGAGAGGUCACCGGUGGCUUCUCGACAAGGUGAUACUCGAAGUGGGAGCCCCGAUGGAGCAGAGCUUGUUUUGUUUCCGCUGCAGGGUCUCCAGCAGGCUGUGGAGUUCCGAUUCGUCUACUCAGAGGUCUUCCGAUCCGUGAAGGACUUCUACAAAAGACAGGGGCUGCCAGGCGACUUCGGUGUGGGCACGGUGGCCAGCCGCAUCUCAUUGGUGAGGCACUUAAGGGAUGCCCUCUUUGGCGGAGCGGGUGCCACGCAGAUCCCGUUGGCUGGUGCGGCGUUGCCCAGCGAAGGCGCCUUGCAGAAGCUGCUCCAGGGCAAGAGGGGUCUUCUUGAAGGUUUCACUGAGGAGCUCUCUCUCACGGAGGCCAUACGAGAGAUGGCGAAUUGCUUUGAGCUCACACCGCCACCGAUUCCCGCAACACUUCUUCUGAAGGUCGCCGUGCCCACGGCGAAGGUCAGCGAGCCGCCAAAGGAGGCCUUGGAGUCCACUGCGGCCGCAGCCGAAGAGUCCCAGGAGCGCGAGGCGACCGAGGUGCUGAGUGCCACAGCAGCUGCACAAUCGCCAUCCUUUGCACAGGGUGCGGCUCGAACAUCCUUGCGCCUAGCAGAAAGGCAGCUUGCUCCUGGAUCGAAGAUUUGGAGGCGCCACUGCUCAAGCAAAGGAAGGUCUCGGCAAAGCAGAGGGUGGAAGCACUGGACAAUUUGUCGCCAUGGUCUCCCAAAGGCGUACCUUCCUCAUGGCAGCUGCUUGCUGCGUGGCUUUGCUUCGCUUCUGGGCACCGAGACCCCAGGCCUUUGUGGCUUCUACAAGCGGCCACUUGAGCGUCCACUCUGGCUGCCGGGCUCCGUCGGGUGGUGCUUUCGCCUCUGGCAAUGUGCCCGCUGUCGUCAAGGGUGUGCGAGCUCGCCCCGGUGUGCCGGCCUACUACAAGGUGACGCUCGAGACGCCUGA